CCAACCGCCGCGCCGAGACCCCGGGCCCCGCUUUGCGUUUUCCGUCACGCCGCGAGCGUCUACGUCGGGCGCUCGCUUGACUCGCGCGCGCGUCGACGCUGGCGACUUCCGGCGGAGAUAAGCCCAUGUGGAGUAGCACGGCGGAUGCCACGGUCAGUCCGUGAUCUAAGCGUGUUCUCGGCGCGCCCGUGUGUGCUCACGAGCCCUCGCACGUCGCCAGAUCUCUCCGCCCGCUGGUCGCCCGUCGCCGCGCCACCCGGACUCCGUCUCUCGUCGCCAUGGCGGACCACCUGGACGAUUUUUUCGCCAAGAAAGAUCGGAAGAAGGCCAAGGGCAAGAAAUUCACCACAACCGACGAGGUCGCCAAGAAACUGGAGGAGACGGGCAAGCGAGUCGAGAAGCCCAAGCCGAAGGAGAAGCCGGUGAAUCCCGAGGGCGAGGAGUCCCAGCACACCGAGGACGAGGACGAGUGGAAGGAGUUCGAGGAGGAGAAGAAGGACUACAGUGGUUUGAAAAUCGGACACUUGACGGUAAACGACACCGUUCACGCGCAGUCGGACGACGAGAGGGGUAACUUCGAGGUCAACUCCGACGGGGAGCCCUGCGAGGGUGGCAAAAACACGGGACCAUGGAACAAGUCGGCGGACGUACCGAAGGAAGCGCCUGAUGCGGUGCCCACUCAACCCGCCGCCCCGCCCGCCGCCACCGCCGCCGCCACCGCCACCGCCACCGCCGCCACCGCCGCCGCCACCACCACCACCGCCGCCGCCGCAGCCGCCUCGACUGGGAGUAGUUACAAAGCGCCGCACUUACGGAAUCAACCCACGUUCGCCAGUCCGCGACCGCGAGGCAGAAACAUCGCGCCCGAUAUAAGUAGCGAGGAGUACUUCCCUACCCUCAACUCCAAGCCUCAGCCGCAAAAUAACGGCAGCGGUCCAUGGGGGGCCAGACGGCGGCGAGACGAAGGCGCGUUUGAGGAGGUGCGCAACCGGGGCGGCAGCAGAUACAACGUGCCAGACUCGCAAGCCCAGACGCCCAAGCUCUCCCUCGGCAACAAAUACGGCGCCCUGUCGCAAGACCAGAGCUGAAAACGCCUGUCCCGACGGAAUCAAACAAUAUGCAAUCAAUAUCACAUCGUCGCCCCUCUCCGCUUCGCGGCCCAACCUCGCCGAGAGAAUCUAUUUUCUAGACUAGGACGCAGUGUAUAUUAUAGAAUGUGUAUGCACGUACACACGCCCCGACCUGACAAGACCCGGGGGUGUGCUAAUUCCGGUUGUCCCGUCGGCGAUUUUGAAAUGAUCGCGGGGGGGGACGGAUCGCUGAUUCUAGGUAUUUGCACACACACGUGCGCUCAUGGACCUUGUAACUAACUCGAAAUGAAUAUCGUGCAUGUGCGCAAGCUUAUUUUCAUACCGUACAGACAACGUGGAAAUCGACUUUUAUAUUUCAUUUUGUAAUCAGCAUAGUGUGUAGUAUGCUGCUUCCAGGAAAACGUCAGGGCGCGGGGGGGUAAUGGAUUUCUGGUUGGAAUCCUCAAAAUAAAAAAGAUCACAGAAAACCGGACAGGAAACGACGUUGUUACCGCGGGUAACGCGUUACCGCUACGCGGAUUGUAGUCUAAAAGGAAAAGAGUAAUCGUUCGUUAAGGUAUUUUACGUGGUAUUCGCACUUUCUUUUAUACGGUGCUACUUUUAAUUUAGCGUGCAUAAUUACUGCCACGAUCGAUGCCUUCUCAAUGAGUAUUAUCGAUGAAAAUAGGACUGAUCACCGUUUACGUCCGAACACGAUAAGCUUCGAGAUCGGCACGGCAACGUCGAGAUCGAAAUUCACGCGAUUGAUGGCCAGCGGCUCUGCACGAGAGCCAUUCUCGAAUAACAAUUCUCGAAGAAUCGCUGGACGCUUCUUGGGCCCUCUCUCUCUCUCUCUCUCUCUCUCCCCCUCUCUCUCAUUCUCUCCACUUUCGAGGGAGAGUGUCGCUUCGCUCAAAACGUGCGUCAACGAACGAAAAUUUCUAGAUAAAUUAAGUUAUAUAUAUAUAUAUAUAUGUAUAAUAUUAAUCGAAUUUUGCGGGGUUGGGCUUUGGAACGGCGCGGAAACAAUGAGGAGUAACGACGACGAAGUAACACGAACGCAACUUUGAGUGAGAGUAACGAGGGGCAAAAUAGUUAAUUAAAGCGUGAAACACAAGCUACCGCGUCGCGGUGGUGUUGUGCACAAAAUAGGAGGGAGAAAGACACAUACACAUACACACGUUAUGUCAAACAUAAAACGGGAAUCCUACGUACGCCUUUGUUAACAAUUGUAUAAUUCUUUCUCUUCUUUUUUCUUUCUGUUGAUGCAAAGAGUUUCUUUCCCGAGAAGAAGUAUGCACGGCGAAUAAAUAUCGAAUCCGUUUCGUGGGGGGGAGUGAAGGAAGAGGAAACGGUUUCCCGUUGGGCGGAUCCUCCUCGGCGGGGUGACGCGUGUUGUUCGCGAGACGCACGCGGACGGGGAGUAAUGCCAUACGGAAAACGAUAGAUAAUAAUAAGAAUUCUUGUAUAACGUGUGAUAAAAUGUGAUUAUUUAUAAAUAAAUUUCUUAGGAUAACUCGUACGUACUGCCUCCGAGCAUUUUUUUUUUAAUUUGCCGUACCGUACAUCGUCGACGAACCGAUUUCCCGAAGCGAAGAGAAGCGCGACCGCUCAAUCCAGCCUCGUGCGCGCGCGCGCGCGCGCGCGCGGUCGUCUUUCCGCGAUAGCCACGUGUCGUGGAUACGCUUGGCUGCGGACGAACGUACGCGCCGGGUGAAAUUUUAACUUAAGCACGCGGCGGGGACGCGCAACACCGGUGCCUCUUGGAGACAGUUUCCGAGUUUGAUUUUGAUCGCCGCGGCAACGCGGACUAGCCUGCCCUUUGUUACAGAAUAAUUGAGAUAACAAUAAUUUUAUCGCUACUGUUACACGAGAGCGAGCGAUAGAAUGUCAGGAAGUGAGAGUGCGCGUAAGUGUGGGAUGCGAGCGUACGUGACGUAUUUAAUAAAAUCAAUCACCGAGA